AUGCCACCCUCUUCUACUAUUACUGUUAUUUCGCGUGCACGAGAAUUUUCUGAUUAUUUUUUUGCCGAUAAUGAAGAGAAAGAAAAUCAACAAAUAAAAAAGAGACAACCAACUAUUCAAACUUUAAUUAAUACAUCUGAAGCAAAAAAAAUUAUUAUAAAUAAUUUAGUAGAAGCAUUUGUAAUAGCUGAUAUUCCGUUAGAAAAAGUGGAUAAGCUUCAAAAGUGGUUAUGUGAAAAUUGCCGUGAAGGAGUUUCAAUUAUUGUAGACGAAACCACAGAUAGUAGAGCACGAAGUGUAGUUAAUAUCCUUUUUAGUUAUAAUGGUAUAACAAAAUUAACCCAUGUUGAUUAUUUGGAAAGUGUCAAUAAUUGUAUAAUUGGACAACUUAUAAUUCAAAUUCUAGUUCAGUGGACAAUUCCUUUUGAUUUACCAUUAUUAAUUGCAUCAGAUUCAGCAGCUUAUAUGAAAAAAUGUUAUCGGGAUGUAUUAAAAUCCAUAAUGCCUCAAUUGAUUCAUUUGCCAUCAUGGGCAUCAAUUAAUUAUUUUCAAAUUGUACAUCAAUUACUUGCAGAUAUUAAACAAACUUUUGUUUUUUGUAAAAGUCAAAGAAAUACCUGGUUUCGUAUGGCAUUUUAUAUAUACCAACAUUUGAAUUAUAUUCGUAGAUUUUAUAAUGAAGAGAGUAAAGAAAAUUCAAUAUCAAUAAUUGAAAAAAUAAAUUCAAUUUUUACUGAUCAGCAAUUCAAUGGAAAAACUAAACCAAUAUUCCCCUUUAUUAAACAACAAUUACAACAACUUGAAGUACGAAUAAUUAUGGGAAAAACUAUGACUAAUUUUGGAUCAACUGUGAAUUUAGUAUUGCAAAAAUUAAACACUCCGUUAACAUCAUUCUACUCAAUAUUCCAACAAGCGUAUUAUGUAGCUUAUAAAAAACUUGAAAAUCAUGUAUUACAGCAUCCUGCACAUUCUUUAUUUAAAGCUGUACAAAUUUUCAAUUCACGAUUUUUAACUUUAACAGCUGCUAAUUGGGAUAUUUACUCUUAUCAAAUUAUUAGAGAACUAGUUAAUCCAUCAACAUGCCUUAUUCAAGAAUGGUCAAUCUAUAUUAAUAUCAAUCUAAACUCUGUGGAAUUUACUGAUUUGAAUGAAUUUUGGAAUAAGGUUUCAUUAAAAUUUCUUUUUUUAGAAAAAAUAGCAUGUAAUUAUAUUUGGUUACCAAUUUUAUCCUGCGCAGUUGAAAGAAGUUUUUCUGCAUAUAACAAGAUUCUAGAUGAUGAUAAACAGAAUUUAAGUAAAGAAUCACUUAAAUUUCUCACUAUGAUGUAUUUUAACAAUCAAAAUAGUAAUUAA